AUGGCCUCUUCUACGCCCGACCGUCCAUUCCUCGACCACAUCGUCUUCCUCCUCCCGCCUCAAAUCCUAGCUUCCCUCCCUACAUGGCUCUCAUCUGAAUUCACCAUUCUGAACGGCGGCCGCCACGCUGACGGCCGAACUGAGAACAAGCUCGUCAUAUUCGCAGACGGAGCUUAUCUCGAACUCAUCUCGUUCGUUGAAGGCAUCGGCCAGGAAGACCGGCUCAAGCACCCUUGGGGUUCUAAGCCCGACGGCACACUCGUGGACUGGGCCUUGUCUCUUGCAGAAGAGUCCAGCUUUUCCGCUAUUCAAGAGCGCGUGCGCGCUUCACAGUCUGUUGUGUCCUACAACGACCCUGUUCCGGGCGGACGGAUUAGGCCGGAUGGCGAGGAGCUGAAAUGGGCUGUUGCGCAGAUCAAGCCCGAGGGAAAGGUAGAAAGGGGCGAGUUGCCUUUCUGGUGUCUCGAUCGGACGCCCCGUUCGUUGCGGGUGCCAAACCAUGUUCCAGAUAACAUCAAGCAUCCUAGUGGCGCCCUUGGCAUCCACUCUGUUGAAGUCGACGUGAGCAGCGAGGAGUUGAAGAAGGCGUAUGCUGGAAUUAUCAACCGGCCUGGCGAAGGAGAAAAUGGGGGACAGUGGACGGUUGACGUGUUGGUUCGCCAAUUUGAGGAUCCUCGAUACAUCAAGGUCCAGACCGUGGCUGGCGAGAAGUCGAAGCAGUCCAUCCGUCUGGCCCUGUAUACUGCUGUAGGCACGUCAAGGCGAUCCAUCAGCGGUGACCUGGGGGGCGGUAUCUCUAUUACGAUCGACCUCAUUCCGGUUUCUGGUGAAUCUGCAUGA